CUUCCCUCAGCUCCACCCCUGGUUGACCAUGUGAAGAGCGCAGGAAUGAGGAGGGCAAGUGGAGAGCUAGGGAACCGGGGAGAAGUGGCGAGUGAAGGAGAAUCAGUGAAGGGGAGGGGCCCCCGAGGGGGCGAGAGACUGAUCGAGAGAGAAGGGGGGCCGGCAAGCGGGCGGGCUUUGGGGAAGAGGGAGGAGGAGGAGAGGGAGGUGAGCUGAGAGAGCGCAGAACGGGGCGCAGAGAGCUCGGGAGCUGGGUCUGCAAGAGAGCUGGGCGCAGGGACCGAGGCGGUGCUGGCGGCAGCGGGCGAUGCUGCUGCUGCCUGCCUGCCCCAGGCUCCACUGCUGGGGGUGAAGGCUCAGCCAAGCCAAACCCAAGGGGACCAGAGUUGAAAGAGAGAAAAGAGGAGGAGGUGUUGGUAGAGGAGGAUGGGCUGUGGGGGGAGCCGCGCUGAUGCCAUCGAGCCCCGCUACUACGAGAGCUGGACCCGAGAGACCGAGUCCACCUGGCUGACCAACACAGACACAGACCUGCAGCUCUCCGCUACGGCUACCGCCACCGGGCUGAGCCCCGGGGAACCGGACAGCGGCCCAGAGGCAGGCGGCCUGCGGGACCAGGGCUCCCUGUACACGGGUGAAAAAAGAGCGCAAGCAGAUGCCAGCAAGAGAAGUCACCAUCAGUGUUACCAAAAGCAUCCGACCAAUGGACAAAGAUAGAAGAAUUAUGAAGACUCGAGUGAAUUAGCCAUGCUUUCCAAUCAAAGGGAGGAUGACUAGUAUCAUUUGGUAGUACUUUGAUGAUCCCAGAAGGGAACUUAAAGAAACAUGAUGGUCCUAAUUGAACAGGCUAAAUUGCUGAGUGCCUUGGGUUACUUUGCAUCUCUUACCUGGCAGCAAAUAGCUGCCAUCAAUGUUUGGACAUUUACUGAGCUGUCUUUAUCUAAUGUGUUAGCACAGUACUCCUACGUGAUAAUAAACUGCUAAUGGAUCA